AUUUGUCUAUUCUUCGUCGGUGAAUGGACGUUUGUACCAAAUAUCGAAGUAAAUGUGCAGGUGCUUGUCGCACAAACAAUUAGUGGCAUACCAUUGUAUCGUACCAAUAGUGUUCGAUGUCUUUGUUGCGAAUAUCUAUGAGUUAAAUCUUGCAGGAAUUUGUUUCUUAAUUGACUCAAAGUGGUACAUUGUAUCAAAUCGUAACUGGGUAUAUAGACCGAACCAGGAAGUGAAAUCUUUAUUUAAACAAGUGAAAAGUUUUUCACACUUCAUUCGCUAGGAACCAAGUCAAUCGGCAUGUGUCGCAGUGUUUUUCUUUUCUUUCUUAUUUUCGGCUGCACGGUUUCAAAACCAGGUUUAUUUCCCGAUACCCCCUACUUGUUUUGGACACCUAAAACAAAUCAGCUAUUUUACCAUAAUAACACAGAAAACUGGAUCCAUAUCAACGAACCUCCGAACAUAUUUAGCUUUACGUACGGGACUACAAAACAUAAGCAUAUUGGCUGUUCGUAUGAUUUUGGGAAAGGUUUCUUGCUAUCUAGUGACAAUCAUGCAAAUACACUUGCCCUUUUGGGCGAGACAAGCAGUGGUAGAACUCAAGGAACUUUCUUCCAUUUCGGAACCUCUUCCGGUGUUGGUCACGUGGCUGUGGACUGGAUUAGUAGUAACGUUUACUGGACGGACGGUUUAUUUGGCUGGAUAGGACUGCAAACUCUACCUAGAAGUAUAGAAACUAUACAGCCUAACAAAAAAUUCAGGGUAGUAGUUGAUAAGUUCCUGGAUGUUCCGUCAGGCAUUGCAGUGCAUGCCAAUAAAAGAUUCCUGUUUUGGACAGACAAAGGGGUAGAACCAAAAUUAGAGCGUGCUUCAUUGGACGGCUCCAACAGGAAAGUCCUGAUUUGGUCCGGGAUUAUCAAUCCCGUGUCCGUAACCGUUGACGUACGCAACGACAUGGUGUACUUCACCGACUCAGCGCGGGAAACCGUGGAAGUUAUCGACUUAAAUGGGAACUCGAGACGCAUUUUAUUUUACGAGACGAAUUCUCUCUUCUAUGGUAUAGAAACCUUCAAGAAUUAUGUUUUUGUCUCGGACCAGUCAACAAAUCAAAUUUUGGUUCUUUCAAACUCCACUGGACAGAAACUAAAAUCAUCAGCCACUGGAGGAUCUGUUCCAUUUUCUUUGGGUGUGUUUGCCGAGGAGAACCAGCCGCAGGAUUCAGCAGAGUGUGAUGCGUACGGCUGUAAUCAGAUAUGUAUCACGGAAAACGCCGGGGCUAAAUGUCUCUGUGAAGAUGGGUAUGAUCUGUCCGCAGACGACAAAACGUGUACAGAGACUAACAAACUUUUACAAAGAAGCAUUUUAGUGGCAGCUGGACCUAAUAUAUGUGAUAUAACGAUCGACACCUUAAAUUCCUAUAGAUAUAUCAAUUUACCAAUCAACUGUGAUGUCAUCGCCACAACCUCCGGGGAUGUGUCUUACUUCACGUUAGCAAUGCACACCAGAGAAAUAUAUUAUGCUAAAGAAGAUAUCAUUUUCAGACAAGAACUAUUUGAAACCUCAGUUGCUUUGAAUAUUUCGAGACAGAACAGGAUUUCAGGCAUGGAUUACGAUUGGCUGACAGACACCUUAUACUGGAGCGAGGAAUCCGUCAGUAAGAUAUUUGCUUGGAAUGUAUCUUCAGAGAAAAUCACGAUCCAGGAAAUUUCUGCACCGAGUAUGGGAUUCCCUACGGCUUUGAAAGUCGAUCCCUUUAAAAAGAGAUUUUUCUAUAUUGAUGGAUCCUCGUCUGUAUCAAUAAAAGUUCUAAAUAUAGAAACCAACGACAUUCAAACCUUAGAGAGCCUCGGCAUUGUUUCCCCUGCAUACCUAAUCUACGAUCGCCGGAAAGACAUGGUAUUUUGGAGUGACGCAGGAAAGUCCUCACUGGGGUCGGUAAAAUCAGAUGGCACCAAUACUAACUUCAAGCAGCUUUCACAAGGAUCAACAUACUCCGGCAUCACAGUGUACAAGGACUAUUUGUUGUGGUUGUCGACAACUCCUCCCUCGACUUUGCACCUGAAUGUAAUGGAAAACACAUCUUUGAGCUCAGAUAUCGCUAUUGAAAUGCCGCUUAACGUAGGGGUUUCCAGGAUAUUUGAUAUGCGCGCAUUUGAUAAAGCUUUACAGCCUUUUGCAAAAGAACCAUGCAUUACAGACAACGAUGGUUGCGAGCAUAUAUGUGUUGUUGAGGGGGAAAAUAGUAGAUGUGUUUGUCACUUGGGAUACACUAUCCAAUCCGACCAGAAGUCGUGUGUAUCAGCACCAAUUGACAGAGGUUUCCUACUGACUACUGAUAUUCAAAAGAAAAAUAUUUACCAAAUAAAUUAUAUGAAUGAAGAUAUACAAACCAUAAACAUUUUGCCUGGAAGUCCUGGGGUUCAAGAUUUUGACGACAUCAGAAAUGAAAUGAUAUGGUGGGACAGUUCUCAAACUGCUAUACGGAAAAGCCAUUUCGAUGGUAGUAACGAAAAGGUUGUAAAAGGUGGCGUGGUGGAGGUACAUGGGUUGACUAUUGACCACUCAACUGGGAACAUUUUUUACUCUUCCGGUGACAAUAUUUUUGUAACUACCAAUUCUGGAGAUGUCUUCCGCAAACUUGUGAGUGGAGGAAAUAUAGGAUCUCUGCAAGUAGAUUCUAAACGAGGAAUUAUGGUGUGGAUUGAAGGUCGACCAAAUCCAAAAUUACGCAGAUCCUAUAUGGAUGGCACAAACGUGGAAACAAUAUUUUCUAGUUCAUCCCAUCCCAUUGCUACCCCUAUGGAUUUGGCUAUAGACGAUGCAGAUGGGAGUCUUGUAUGGUGUGACGAUACCUUGGAUAAGAUUGAAGUCGUAAAUAUGGCAACAUUCACACCACGAACAGUUAUAGAAAAUAGAAAAGAAUUCCCUGUGUCAGUUACAGUUUAUGGAGAGUUCAUCUACUACAUUGCUAGAGACAGAAGGUCUGUCACAAAGAUAUCUAAAAUAACAGGUUCUAAUCCGUCAACUGUAAUGGCAUCCCCGUUAUUUGGAAAACUUUUGUAUUUAACAAUCUAUAAAGAGAGUAGCCAAAUGUUACAUAAAUUGUGUUCGAGCCAAAAUGGUCUGUGUAGCAAGUUUUGUUUGCCGAGAGGAGAAAAUAAUGCAAUCUGUGCGUGUGAAAAUGGUGUCCAAAUCGACCCUGAGGGGCUUUGUCCAGGAGAUGUGCAGUGCCCAUUAACCAUUAGUAAUGGUAAAAUCCCGAAGACUUGUAGAAGAUUGGCGGGGGACGUUUGUGGGUUUACAUGCGAUGAAGGUUAUCAGGUAAAUGUGGCAGAAACCACCAGGAUUAUCUGUGGUGCCAAUGGACAAUGGGAUCAGACCAACAAAUUAUGUACAGUUGUGGAGAAAAAUGUGGCUGCAUUAGCUGGAGGAAUUGCCGGGUCGGGGGUGGUACUGAUCAUUUUGGCUGUUGUCGUUUUCUUCGUGUUAAAAAGGAAAAAGAAAGAGAAAAAAUCGAAGCAGCAGCAGAACGACCUUUCACUAGGUUACACAUGUCCAAGUGAACUAGAUCCCAGCAUGCUUUCAGGUUCUCAGAUAAGUACGUAUACAACACUUUCCGAAGAUGGAGAAGUAUAUGAUGAAAUAAAGGAAAAUUACCUGUACCAGGCACCGACAAUUGAACAACCAAAGUCUGUGGAAAUUCCAUCAAUACGAUUUUCAAAACACGAAUACAAAGGGAAAUCCUGUGAUGACGGAGGAUUAUCUGUUAAGUCUGAGAGGUACUCAGUAUUCCCUUCACGAGUUAAUGAAGAUGACUUGGGUUACCUCGAAACAAGCCAGUCGAGAGCUUCUAUGCAGGAUCCCGAACCCGACUAUGAUAGCAACGAUCACCUGAAGCCGACGCAUGGUGAAGACUAUUUAUACGUUAUCAGAACCCCUGAUAAUGUACGUAGGGGUAGCCGUGUUCAGCAAUGUAACUGAUUCAUAAUUUACUCUACAUUUACUUAUCACUGGAAACACCAAGGUAACUAUGAUUGAAAUACUGUAUAGAUUGAUUUAACAUAAUGUUCUUUGCACUGUGCAAUUUUGUAAAUUUUACUUGUGCCUAUGGGAAUGAUAUAAUUAAAUGCAAUAACUGUG